AUGGUUUUUCCAAUAACGUUUUCUGAGAUUGGCAGGAAUAAGCUAGCUAUUGUAAGUGCUAUUCUGUGUGCUUUACUCGCACUGUCGGGACUCUGUCUGAUCUGUGUUGGCCUCUACAUACAGGUCACCAUCAACGAUGAACUGAUUUUACUGGAAAACUAUAACGACGGGAUGCUUCCGAACUUUCUCAUAAGCGUCGGUGUGAUCAUGAUCAUUCUGAAUACCGUCACGGCAAAGUUCGCGUACGACAGCGGGUUUGCAAGCACCAGUGAAAAGUACCGCCUCGCCAUGAUGCCCAUGCUUGUGGUCAUGUUCCUUUUCAUUUGGAUCAUCCUUGCGGCCAGCAUCAUAAGUUUUGCCCACCGAUCCAGUGUCGAGGAUGCUCUCCACGACGGCAUUAAAGAUGCCAUGCGGCGCUACAAGAACACGCUUCCAGUCAAGAAGAGCCUGGACCGCCUGCAGAUGGACGUCCGUUGCUGCGGAAGUCGCUCGUUUAAAGACUGGUUCAAAAUUGGCUGGAUCAACAUGGACUACGUGAACGUGAAGGAUCCUAAGUUGAAACCGCUUAUCAGAGACAAGAACAUAUUCACACAGAGCGUCCCAUUCAGCUGUUGUGACGUCACGGCACGGCGUCCAUGCGUGACAGCGGACGUACUGAAUCAUGCCGCUCAUCGGAACUACGACAGUGUCACGCUGUACCGGAAGGGAUGCACGGAGGCGCUCAUGGACAAGUUUCAGAAUAAAAUCCUACAUCCCACCGGAUCUGUCGUCCUGAUUUUGUUUGCAGCUCAGACGCUGCUCCUCAUGCUUCUGCGGUACCUGCAGACGUCCGUCCAGAGUGCAUAUGAUGAGGGCGACCCCGAGGGGCCGGGCCGGGGUCACGUGAUUCCCAACCCUUGUGGCGCCCUCUCCGCGGGAGAUCCGGACAAAUACGUUAAACAGGGAGCCCUCCAGAAGAUGCGCAGAGAACCGGUGCCGGACGAGGUGACUGACGACACAUACGACUCUAUUGUGGACAUAGACGACACAAUGGACUCGACGGCCGCCCAGGCGGGGGGCGAAGGGUACCCGGGUCCACAGGGACCGCCGGAUUUCGGCGAUGGCGGUGACGGAAAGAAGAAAAAGAAAAAAUCAAAGAGUCCAAAGAAAGCUGCAAAGAGAAAGUCGCCCAAGAGGAAGUCUCCCCCAAAAAAGAAAAAGUCUCCCAAAAGUCCAAAGUCUUCCAAAAAGAAGUCAAAGUCAUCGAAGCGAAAAAAAAGAUGA